AUUUACAUACAAUUGUCCAACGCACCUGGGCUUCUCUUCCGCUUCUUACGUCUUCUUCCGUCUUCUUGAUCUGUUCUUCAUCCCUAACACGAGGAAAAUCGGCGGCUGCAAUGUCCGCUCUCGUCGGCCUCUUCUAAUUCGGCCGUUGGAGGAGGGCUCGGUCGUACCGUUGCUUUCCUCUUACUUUCGGGCGGUGCUUCACAACUCCUGAAUUGGAUAUUCUUCCAAGAGCUUAGCAUCUGAUUCUGAAGGACAGAGAUGCUUAACAAUUAUUUUUCUGAUACUCAAACGAGGACAAACUUGUGUUAGCAGACAUCCUUUUUGUAAUUUCGGGAUUAAUUGUAAAAUGCCAAAAAUAAAUUAAAUUUGUCUAAGCAGCUGUAUAUCUCUGCAAAACAUUACGUUUUUGGAUGGAUUCUAGAAACGAAAGACUUGGCCAUGCGGGUCAAAGGUUUGUGCAAGGCCCUUCAACUUCUGCCAACACGAACAGUGGACUUCCAGAGAUCGCUGGAUUGAGCGGACUAAGCCCUGUGUUAAACUUCUCAAUUCAAACAGGCGAGGAGUUUGCACUCGAAUUUAUGAGAGAACGAGUUACUUCUAAAAAACCCUCCGGCUCAAAUACAUCAGCGGAUCAAACCUUCACCACCAAUUACAUGGACCUCAGAGGUGUGCUUGGUAUCUCUCAUACCGGAUCUGAGAAUGGGUCAGAUAUUGCUGCUGUUGAUAAAUCACAAUACAAAGAGAUAGAGAAGAGAGGAUUGACAGAAAGUGAUGUUAGAAAUCAGCGUUACAUAUCCUCCAGAUCAAUUCCGCGGGUCCCUUCUGUUGAAGGCAGUAGUCGUGGGGGAGUUUCUCGUUGCUUUUCUUCAGGGACUUCUGAUACAACAUCCAAAAAGAUGAAAAUCCUUUGCAGUUAUGGUGGUAAGAUUCUACCCAGACCCAGCGAUGGAAAGCUUAGGUAUGUAGGUGGCGAUACACGUAUUAUCCGAAUCAAUAAAGAUAUUUCCUGGCAAGAGCUCCUUCAGAAGACAACAUCUAUCUACAAUCAGCCCCACACCGUAAAAUAUCAGCUGCCUGGGGAGGAUCUUGAUGCAUUGGUAUCAGUUUCUUGCGAUGAAGAUUUACAAAACAUGAUGGAGGAAUGUAGUGUUCUUGAAGUCGGCGAAGCUUCUCAGAAGCUGAGGAUGUUCCUCUUUUCCAGCGAUUAUGAUGAUCCGCAUUGCAGCCUUGGAAGUAUCGAAGGGGACUCCGAAAUUCAAUAUGUGGUUGCUGUUAAUGGUAUGGACGUUGGUAUUGGCAAGGCAUCCAGUGAUCAUGGGAUGGCAAGCACAUCAGCGAGUGACAUGGAUCUAUUAGUUAAUCUUAAUGUUGAAGCUGAUAGAGCCAAAACAAGCAGAGUUCCAUCAGAGACAGUUGGAAAUUUGGUUACUCCUACAUCUUCAGCUUUCCUGCAAAGUUUGUCGAGCGAAUAUGGAACACAUGUACACUCUUAUGAGGAUAACAGAAUGCAAUAUGUGGAAGGUGAGCAUUUUCCGUACAUUGUUUCCCAAGCCCCUGACAGUUCUCAUGACACGAAUAGCAGAAUUUCGAUACCUGCAUCAGUUCCAUCGGAUUAUAACUAUAAUUCUCCUUAUUCGCAAGUUGUUGGAAAUCCUACAUCGGUCACGCCCUACGAACUAUCAACUCACUCGCAAGCAGGUUCUGAAAAACAAAAUAGUGUCGCCAAAACCGCCACUCAAAAUGUGCUGAUGACUGAUAAAAAAAUAACGGUUGAUAUGUUGGCCAGACAGAAAAAUGAAAACGAUCAUUUAAUCUCUCGUGAAAAUGAAUACACUGCACCCAUAAACCAGGAAGUAUCUCUUGUUCCUUCCAUACCAGAGCAUGUAUCAUCUAUGUUUCCUCUAAAACAUAAUGGCAAUAUACCAGAAGCAUUAGUGGUUUUAUCAACAGCUGAUGCUACUGUAGGUUCUGGUUUGCCUUCUCAGUUAAAUGAAGAUGAUCGCUACGCAUCAGGCAGGGCUGUUACUUCAGAAUGGUCUGAUUAUGAGACUGACAUUGCUGAUCUCACCUAUAAUGAUCCUCCUCAUCCUCCACGAAUCUUUCACUCAGAGAGGAUUCCUAGGGAGCAGGCUGAAUUCUUGAAUAGAUUGUCCAAAUCCGAUGAUUCUAUUGCAGCUCAAUUUUUAAAUCUGCAAGCACGUGCUGGUGUGGCCGAAGAGUCUAUUGCUGAAGCUGCUGAUUCUUCCCUUGAAGGAAACACAGUUUUUCAAACUGAAAGAAUUUCUGCAGCAAAACCACCAAAACCUAAUACUACUACUACAUUGGAGGAUGGUUUAGUGCAGUUUGAAAAAUAUAAAGUACUUGCUGAUGCAAUUAAGAAAAUAAACAAAGAUGGCACAGAGGAAGCUUCUGAUAGUUCAGCGGCUUAUGCUAGAAAUGACCAGAAGAGUGAGUUGCACCGCAAUGAUGACGGGGAAAGGAGUGAGCCUGUUGCUGGAGGAAUUUUGGAGUUCUGCGAUGCUGGUGAAACACAUCCCACCAAAGCAAGCUACGAAGAACUACCUGUUGAUGGAAUAAACGUGACUGCAGCUGCUACAACACAGUCGAACAAUCCUACCUCUAUUCUACCCAACUUUUCUUGGGAAGGGAUGCCUAUCAGUGCAGCCAUGUCCACCCCCGUUCAUGAUCCUACGGUACCAUUUGCAUGGGCAGAAGCCUCUUCUGUCGGAGCUGUUUUACAGGGUGAAUCUUCUUACCCUCCAGCCGACCAAAGGGAUAUAGCCAGUGAUAUAAAUGAUCAUUUUCCCACUAACCUACUUGCAGAUAUCUUUUCAAAUGCUGGAAUUAAUGACGACCCAGCAGGCAUGCGACCCCUUCGCCAUGACGAUGCUGGCAUAAGUUUGAACUUGCCUAAACAUGAACCUCAGCGGUGGUCUUUCUUCAGGAAUUUGGCUCAAGGUGAGUUUGCUAGGAAAGAUGUUUCGCUUAUGGAUCAAGACCACAUUGGGUACUCUCCUCCAAUAGUGAAGGCUUAUAAUAGGGAUCACAGGGCUUUUAAAUUCUCACCACUGAAUGAAGAGGCAGGUGGGUUGAGCCAUGGGGAUACACAAAUAAAAUUCGAUAAGGAAAUGCAGCAGGAAUCCAGUAACGUAGGAAAUGAUGCUAAUGUUAUGCACCAAGAUUACAUAUCAUCGCAGGUUAGCCAACUUCACUUGAUGGAUAAGGUUGGAGAGAGCUUUCAGGUUGAUAACCCAUUUGCAAAGGUUAGAGAGAACCUAGCAACAGCGACAGAGUAUGAGGAAUUGAGGUUUUCUAUUGAAGAAACUUGUGGGCAAGUUUUUGAUACAGAUAUUGAUUUUAGUAAUUUGCAGAUUAUAAAGAAUGAAGACCUCGAAGAACUGCGAGAACUGGGUUCAGGUACAUUUGGAACUGUGUAUCAUGGAAAGUGGAGGGGAACUGAUGUAGCCAUUAAGCGGAUAAAGAAGAGCUGUUUCACCGGGCGCUCAUCUGAGCAAGAGAGACUGACUCAAGAAUUCUGGAGAGAAGCUGAGAUUCUCUCAAAGCUUCAUCAUCCAAAUGUGGUGGCCUUUUAUGGGGUGGUGCAGGAUGGUCCAGGAGGGACAUUGGCAACAGUAACGGAGUUCAUGGUUAAUGGAUCUCUUAGGCAGGUUUUGCUUCGUAAAGACAAGUAUCUUGAUCGCCGUAAGCGGCUUAUAAUUGCAAUGGAUGCUGCUUUUGGAAUGGAAUAUUUGCAUUCAAAGAAUAUUGUUCAUUUUGAUUUGAAAUGUGAUAACUUGCUCGUGAACCUGAAAGAUCAGUCUCGCCCCAUUUGCAAGGUUGGAGACUUUGGGUUGUCGAAAAUAAAACGGAAUACACUUGUUUCUGGUGGUGUGAGAGGAACAUUGCCAUGGAUGGCUCCAGAACUGUUAAAUGGCAGCACCAGCAAAGUUUCUGAAAAGGUUGAUAUUUUUUCUUUUGGCAUUGUGUUGUGGGAGAUUCUAACUGGUGAAGAGCCUUAUGCAACCAUGCAUUAUGGUGCCAUUAUAGGGGGUAUUGUGAAUAAUUCGCUAAGGCCCCUCAUUCCGGCAUCGUGUGAUCCCGACUGGAGAAGAUUAAUGGAACAAUGCUGGGCACCGGACCCGCAGCAGCGCCCGUCGUUCACGCAAAUCGCGAACCGUUUACGCGCCAUGUCUCAAUCUAAACCGGCAAAAUAAAUGGUUCCAAUCUACAUCUUAAAGCUUUAUUAUUCAAGUACUAUCAAUAUUUCUAUUACCGUUGUUGAUAGAGCUUUGUAUGCAGCUAUGUAUAUUGUUUGUGAUUGUUAAUAUCAAGACCUGAUAAGUAUGCAUUAUAUUUUCAAUCUGGAAGGGUAUGUUGUUGGCCUUCAUAUAUUUUUUGUAUGGAUUGAUUUUAUGUAUUUAUAUAAAUGUGGAUGUUUUGCAGCCACGGCACUAUUAUAUGAUUAUGUAUAUGGGAAUAUAUACA